UAGGCAGAAGUCCACGCACCAAGUGAGCGAGUGGGUCAUCCCCUCCGUUCUCAAACCCUAGUUAUACGGAAAGGACUCUUUCUCGGGACGAUAUCUUCUUGCGCUUUGCCCUACAGAUUCGCAAACUCAUUCCGCACAAACUAUUGUUCCUGACAUUGCCGCUUAACAGGCUCGCGGUGCCUCACUGGACUGUUAGGGCUGCUUCGUUCCUUGCCGAUCGCUGCCGCGCUUUACGAGAUUAACAAGGUGAGGCCGUAGGGGAGGACGCGGAGUAGGCUUGGGAGUGGCAUGAGAGUGGUGUGGCGUUGAAGCGUGGUGUGGAGUGGAGUUGAGAGGAUGGGAGCUCCGGGACCGCCUGGGGGUUUUGAUGCGCAGAAGUACAUGAGGGGUGGGCAGUAUGCUCCGCAGAUUCAUCCCUCGCAGGGUCAAGGUGGGCAUCCCGCGACGUCGGGUGGAUUCUACUCGCAGCCAGUUCCGUCGGCGUUCCCCACCGCGAGCUUUGCCCCGAGUGCGAGCGUUGCGCCGAAGUCGAGUUCGUUCCCCCCGCUUCCAGGCGGUGGGGCGAUGUUCAACGCGGCGAACGUGCCCCAAGGAGCGGGUGCAAUUCCGAACCCAUUCUACUUUGCACGGGAUCGCGGACAGGGGGGUGGUGGGUAUGCGGGGGGCGGUGGUGCCCCCGGUCCGCUGCCUGUUCCGAAAGCGGGCGAUUUUUCGCUGGGUGGCGGAGGUGGCUCCCACCCGUCGCCGACAGCGUCGAGCGCGGCGGGGGCGUCAGUCGGGCAAGAGAGGGGCGCGGUGGGAGUGUCGAGCUCACCGCUGGACGGCGCCCGGCUGAUGGCUCUUCUGACGACACAGUCUGCGGCGGAGGGUGGGGGCGAUGGCGCGGCGGGGAGCGUGGUGCCGGAGCUGGAAGUGGCGGCGUCGGAGGGGAAGUUCGGUGGGGCGAAAGCGCCGGCGAUGACGAUGGCGAGUGCGGGCACGGUGGCGAGCAGCACGGUUCCCGCAGGUUUGCCGAAGGCGCUGCAGGACAGCAAGCUGCCGCGGGGGAGGGUUCUGCAGGGAGAGCGGAUCGUGUACGACGUGGACGUGCGGAGGGCGGACGAAGCGCAGCCUCAGCUGGAGGUUCGAUCGAUCUGCGCAUACGGGUCGGACCCGGAGCCGAUAUUGGGAAGGCAAAUAGCAGUGAACAAGGAUUUCAUCUGCUAUGGGCUACGAGGGGCGAAUAUUCGGAUAAUCAACCCGACAGCAGAAUCGAAGACGCUGCUGCGGGGGCACGGUGAGAGGGUGACGGACAUGGCUUUCUUCGCGGAGAACGUGAAUAAAUUUGCAAGCGCGAGUACGGACGGAAGAGUGUUCGUGAGGCUGAUCGUGGAGUCGCGCGACAAGGAUGGGAAGCCGUUUAUACAGGAUCAGAUCGUGGCAGCGGUACACUUCAUCGGCGACUGGGAGUCGACGAAUCCACGAAUCUGCUGGCAGACGCAGGACACUCUGCUGGUGGCGGUGGGGAAGUACAUAUUGUCGAUGGAUCUGAAGAAGUUGGAGAAAGCGGGUCCCGCGGGGGUUCCGACGACAGAGGAGCCGGUGGUGUGUGAGAUGAAGGGAUUGGUGGAGGGCGUGACGUUGAUCGGGCAGCACGAGGAGGAGGUGACGGAUCUAGCGGUACCGUUGUACUCGCAGAGCCACGUUGCUUCCGCUUCGGCAGAUGGUUCGGUGCGUGUCAUGAGCCUGGGCUUUGGUGGGUUGUUGGUGGCGGUGACGGUGGUGAAGGGGGGGGGGAGGUGGAAAGGGGUAGUGGGGGUGGGGGGCUUGGGUGCAGUGAUGAGCGAGUUAAGCAUGAGGGUUGGUGGGAUGGAUGUGUUGGAGGGGAUGGGGUGGAUUGCCGCGGUGAGUGCAUGGCGAAUGCGGAAGGGUGGUGUGGAAGGGCGGCGAAGUGGAAGUGUAGGGUGGGGGUGGGGAGUAGAGUGGUGUGCAUCUGAGGUGCAGUUGUGGUGGUGA